GUAAAACGUCACGUCCACUCCAUUCACGUCAGUUACGUGAAGUUUUUUGUAUCGGUAGGAGCUCGGAACGCAGUGGACAAGUGGAGUGGACAGUAGUUGCUUCCGUUAAAACAGACGGAGUAUUCUUGUGGUCUGUGAGUGGAAUUUUUUUUAGGAGGUUUUGUGUUUAGUAUCCGGUGGUCGUGGACACUUCGUUAAAAUGGCUAGCAGGAUGGCUGGACAGACUAUAAACGAUAGAUUAUUGGCCGCUCGUCACAGUUUAGCCGGUCAAGGACUGGCCAAAGCCGUAUGCAAAGCCACAACUGAAGAAAUGAUUGGGUCCAAAAAGAAACACCUAGAUUAUUUAGUUCAUUGUACCAAUGAGCCCAAUGUAUCCAUUCCACAACUAGCAAAUUUACUAAUAGAACGUUCACAAAAUACAAACUGGGUGGUUGUAUAUAAGGCCUUAGUGACAUGUCACCACAUGAUGUGUUAUGGAAACGAAAGAUUCACACAAUUCUUAGCCUCAAGCAACAGUACAUUUCAGUUGAGCAAUUUCCUAGAUAAAAGUGGUCUUCAAGGAUACGACAUGUCGCCAUUCAUAAGAAAGUACUCUAGAUAUUUGAAUGAAAAAGCUUUAUCAUAUCGUUCUGUGGCCUUUGACUUUUGCAAAAUCAAGAGGGGAAAAGAAGAUGGAAUGUUAAGGACGAUGAACGCAGACAAACUCCUCAAAACGAUUCCAGUUUUACAAAAUCAACUCGAUGCACUGCUAGAAUUUGAUUGUACAGCCAACGAUUUGACCAACGGCAUUAUCAAUAUGUGCUUUAUGUUGCUAUUCAGAGACCUUAUAAGACUGUUUGCCUGUUAUAAUGACGGCAUAAUUAACCUAUUAGAAAAAUACUUUGAUAUGAACAAAAAACAAUGCAAAGAAGCAUUAGACAUAUACAAAAAGUUCCUGGUUAGAAUGGACAGUGUAGCUGAAUUUUUAAAAGUAGCAGAGAAUGUAGGCAUAGAUAAAGGAGACAUUCCGGACCUAACGAAAGCUCCUAAUAGUCUUUUGGAUGCUUUGGAACAACACUACAAUCACAUGGAAGGUAAAAAGACUUCAACGAAUUCCAGUAACUCUUCAAAUAGUAGUAACCAAAAAAACGUCAAAUCGGGAGUAACAGCUCUAAAUUCAACUAGUAACGCUUUCGGCUCAAUUGCUUCAAGCGGCAGAUUAGAUUCUGUAAACGGUAUCGAUGAAAAUCUUAAAUUGAAAGUGUUAGCUGAAGAAGAAGCUGCCAUGAGCCAAUUUAAAUCUAAAGUACCAUCUUCUGGCGCGAUAGUCAAUAAUCCGUUCCUCAGCAAUAAUUCUUCCCCUUCAAAUCAAUCAACUCCCACUGUAGAUAUGUUUGCAGCUGAAGCUUCCCCUGCUCAAGUGAAGGCUUCAGACGAUUUGCUGCAACUGUCAAAUCCUUUUGUGGAUUUCAACCAAGUUCACAAUGCAUUUUCGAUGCAACAUCAACAGACCAGUGCUUGGGUAGUCAAUGGAAAUGGAUACAAUGUGCAGCCUGUAAUGAGCACUCCUGUUGCAUCCAAUGGGGGAUUUGUAAAUGAAAAUAGUUUUGCUUCAGUGUUUGGCCAAACAGAAACGCAAACGUCGGGCACUUUUGACCAUCUAGGCGGCGUUCUUCAACCAAUCAACACGACUGGCCAAGUAACGAAUGGUAGUUUACUUAAUAACAACGCAAAUACGAAUGGUAAUCAGCAGACGGCCAAUAGCAAUAAUGGUGGAUUGUUGACAGGAGAUUUGGAUUCCAGUUUGCAAUCUCUCGCUCAAAAUUUAACUAUUAACGAUAGGAAACAAACGAUAAAAGGCGUGCAAUGGAAUUCACCUAAAAACAGCUCAAAACCGAGUUGGACGCCCCAACCCAUGCCCGCGACAACUGGUGUUGGUUACAAACCCAUGAACCAACAAAUCAAUAACGUUCCAUUUAGUGCGGCCUUCAAUCCUACUUCUCCAACGGCCAUGAUGCCGCCUAUGGUCGGUCAGCCUAUUUAUCCUAAUAUAACACAAAUGGGCAUGAAACCAAUUGCGCCAAUGAUGUCACCAAUGACGCCGAUGGGUUCAAUGAUUCCUAUACAGCAACAACCCAAUUCUACACAGCAACAGUUACUUUUCCAUUGAUAGUUUUGCUUUCAUCACAGACCAAAAUGUUACUAGAUAUUUUUUUAUGUAUAUAUUAUUCGUUAAUGUACAGUGAAAUAUUUUGUCUAAGUAUCAAUGGAAGGAAGGGUCAUUGCAUAAAUAUCUAAUAAAUCACUCACAGCUUCAUAUCAUAUUUUGUGAUAAAAAAUUCUUUUGAUUUAGUAAGCUUGUACUGAAUUGAAUGUGUUUUUGUAAUAUAAUGUGAAAAUUAUUUGAGAUUGCAAUACUUUUUAGACAAAUUUUGAAUACAUAGAAUGUGUACUGUUUUUAGUACAUAUCAAAUCAAGCUUACCCAUUAAAAAAAAUGUGUUCACUUUCCAAACAAGAAGUGUCAUAGUAUACAUAUAGAAAAUAUACUUAAUCCCUGAACCAAUAAAAGAGUUUAUGAAGAUAUAUUAUUAUACUACUGAUGUAUGGGGAAAAAAUUAUCAUUCUAUAAUAGUUAUUAUCUUUAAAUAAAUUAUUGUUUUUCUGUUAAUAGAAAGUCGUCUAGUAAGAUAUAUGAAAUGUUUGUUGUUCCCAUUAGAAAUAUUUUGGCAAAAAUUUGUAAAGAGAUAUCUUAGGACAAUAAUAUUAAUAAUAAUGGUCCAUUGUUUUGCACUAUUUUAGAUACAUUUUAAUGUCUAAGUAAGGUAUUUGUUAUUGUAAUGCUACAAUGUCUUUUAUUAGAAUUAACAUUCUUUUACAGUUCUCAAAGUACAGUAAAUUCCUAAUUAUCCGAGAUAAUGUGAGCUAGUGAGUUUUCAAGUACCUACCUGCCAAAAUUUGCAUAUUCUCUCUAGGUUAAUGAUAAUUUCAAUGGCUGUUUUUCUUUUUAUUACAAAUCACUUGGUUAAUAUGAGAAUUCGAUAACCGGGAGUAUACUGUACCAAUAUAAAUUAAGUAAUAAGACCAAACAAACAAAAAAAUAAAAUAUUUAUUUUGCCAUAUUAAAAUAUUACAUGUAUUAAAUUUUUUAUCUGAUAUCUUUAGCAAUGUAUUUUUCUUUUGUGCUCAUUGUCAGAGAUGUGCUUGUGUCCAUUUACAUCCUUGAGAUUUGUGUGUCUUUAUUCUUAGAUAUUUACUCUUGUAUUGAUUAUUAAAAAUACACAUUUUUUAGGAUAUCUGAAGCAUUUUUAUUAUUAGUGUUGCUUUUUUCUGUAUAGAGGAAUUUGUUAUUUAAGUGUAUAUUAAUUAUUAAAUAAAAUAUUAUAAUUA